UUGGGCAUGGAGUUCUACCCAGGCACCCAGCCUGCAGCCAACAACAGCAAUGCCCCAGAACUCAACCUGUCCCACCCACUGCACAGUGCGGCCCUGGGGAAUCAGACAGGCAACCUCUCUGAGCACCAGCAGUACGCAAUUGGCCUCUUCCUCUCGAGCCUGUAUAUCAUCUUCCUCUUCCCCAUUGGUUUUGUGGGGAACAUCCUGAUCCUUGUGGUGAACAUCAGUUUCCGUGAGAAGAUGACAAUCCCUGACCUCUACUUUAUCAACCUGGCGGUGGCAGACCUCAUCCUUGUAGCAGACUCCCUGAUCGAGGUGUUCAACUUGGAUGAGCAGUACUAUGACAUUGCUGUGCUGUGUACCUUCAUGUCCCUCUUCCUGCAGAUCAACAUGUACAGCAGCGUCUUCUUUCUCACCUGGAUGAGCUUUGACCGCUACAUCGCCCUAGCCAGAGCCAUGCGUGCCAGCCUGUUCCGUACCAAGCAGCAUGCCAGGCUGAGCUGUGGCCUCAUCUGGAUGGCCUCUGUCUCUGCCACACUCGUACCCUUCACUGCUGCCCAGCUGCAGCACACCAAGGAGGUCUGCUUCUGCUUUGCAGACGUCAAGGAAGUCCAGUGGCUUGAGAUCACCCUGGGGUUUGUGGUCCCCUUUGCCAUCAUCGGCCUCUGCUACUCCCUCAUAGUCCGUGCCCUUGUCACGGCCCACAGGCACCGAGGCCUGCGCCCCCGGAGACAGAAGGCCCUGCGGAUGAUCCUGGCCGUGGUCCUCGUCUUCUUUAUCUGCUGGCUGCCAGAAAACGUCUUCAUCAGUGUCCAGCUCCUGCAGCAGGCACAGCCAGGGGCCGCACCUUGCACACAGUCUUUCCGCCAUGCCUACCCCUUGACCAGCCACAUUGUCAACCUUGCAGCUUUCUCCAACAGCUGCCUGAACCCCCUCAUCUACAGCUUUCUUGGGGAGACCUUCAGGGACAAGCUGAGGCUGUACAUUGAACAGAAAACAAACCUGCCAGCUCUGAAUCGCUUCUGUCACGCUGCCCUGAAGGCAGUCAUCCCAGACAGCACGGAGCAGUCAGAUGUGAAGUUCAGCAGCGCAGUAUGAAGA